AAUCUUGUUGUAAUAAUGUUUAACAUUUUUCUUAUUUCUCUUUCACAGUUAAACCCUCACGUGAACGACUUCCAGCGCCGGUAUGUCAGUGAAGUACGGCGCUGUAGUGAGAUGGAGCGCAAGUUACGCUGGGUGGCUGGCGAGCUCCCUGAGCCACCGCCUCCUCCGAAACCUGAACGCUGUAGUUUGAGCCCUCGAGAGAUCAACAUAUUGGAGGAAAGAAUCGACUUCAUAGAAUCAGAGAUACAGGAGAUAACAAGAAACGCAAGGAACUUGAAGAGUGACUAUUUAGCUCUAAUAGAACUGAGGACUUUGAUAGAGAAGAUGCAAACCUUCUUUCAAGACCAUAGUGCACAACGGAAGAUAUCUGCGUCUGUACAAAUAUACAAUAAUGACGCAGUGUUAGGACAUCUUGGGUUCAUAGCUGGAGUGGUGACCACGGCAAGGAUACCGGCCUUUGAAAAGAUGCUCUGGAGAAUAUCGCAUGGAAACAUCUUCUUCAAACAGGCGCAGAUUGAUGAACCUUUGAAGGAUCCUAUUACGGGUCACGCGCUUCAGAAGACAGUGUUCGUGGUCUUCUUCCACGGGGAGCAGAUCAAGCUUCGUGUGAAAAAGGUCUGCCAUGGCUUCAAGGCCACUCUGUACCCAUGCCCCGCAACAUACAAGGAUCAACUGGACAUGUUAGCUGGAGUUGGGACCCGGAUCAAGGAUUUGGAAAUGGUCUUGGAGCAAACUGAGAACCAUCGUCGACUGGUUCUUACGAAUAUUGCUCGUGACAUCAGCACCUGGAUGGUGGCUGUCCGUAAGGAGAAAGCCAUCUACCACACCUUGAACAUGUUCAGCAUGGACAUCGUUAAGAAGUGCCUUAUUGCUGAGUGUUGGGUACCGAGGAGAGACCUCACUGCUGUGCAGAAGGCGUUGGAGAAUGGAGUGAAAGCAAGUGGAAGUCCGAUCCCAUCGAUCUUGCACUACGUACCUACUAAUGAGACACCACCGACAUUCAAUAGGACGAAUAAGUUCACACGAGGUUUCCAGAACCUCAUUGAUUCCUAUGGAAUCGCCAGCUACAGAGAAGUUAAUCCAGCUUUAUACACAAUCAUAACAUUCCCGUUCCUCUUCGCUGUGAUGUUCGGGGACGUCGGCCACGGGAUCAUUAUGACAGCCUUCGCAGCCAUCCUAGUCAUUUACGAGAAGAAAUUCUUAAAAACGAAGACAGACAACGAAAUAUGGAACAUUUUCUUUGGAGGACGAUAUAUUAUACUACUAAUGGGAAUAUUUUCUAUAUACACCGGCUUGAUAUACAAUGACAUGUUUUCGAAAUCUCUGAACAUAUUUGGGUCUAGUUGGCGGAAUGUGUACGAAGAUGGAGUUCUCCGCAAUCAUACUAUGUUAGAGUUAGAUCCGAAGACAGCUUAUACACAGACUCCUUAUCCAUUUGGUUUGGACCCAGCGUGGCAGUUCGCCUCCAACAACAUAAUAUUCCUAAACUCAUUCAAGAUGAAACUGUCCAUAAUAUUCGGUGUGAUCCAUAUGGCGUUCGGUGUAACUAUGAGUGUGGUAAACUUCAACUUCUUCAGGAAGCCCGAGAUGAUAUUCUUGCAGUACAUACCGCAGAUACUGUUCCUACUGCUUUUGUUUUGGUAUCUUUGUUUGCUGAUGUUUAUGAAGUGGAUCAUGUAUUCGGCUGUUGCGGAAGAUCCAGCACUAGGCACAUCGUGUGCCCCUUCGGUCCUAAUCAUCUUCAUCAAUAUGAUGCUUAUGAAAAGUUCUGAAGACAAGCCACCGUGCCGUGCAAUGAUGUAUGCUGGACAAAAUGAGGUGCAAAGGACGUUCUUAGCGAUUGCCUUCCUGUGUAUACCCGUCAUGCUCUUCGGAAAGCCAGUUUACAAAGCGUUUUUGGCUAAGAAACGAAAGCAAUACCAGCAAGGUGUUGAAACAGGUGAAGACGUCGCAGAGAAGGAGGGACACGAUGGUGGAAUAGCUGAGGAGCUGAUCACUCAAUGUAUCCAUACCAUUGAGUAUGUGCUGGGCGCUGUGUCCCAUACCGCAUCCUACUUGCGACUGUGGGCACUCUCACUCGCUCAUGCACAGCUCUCAGCUGUACUUUGGCAGCGUGUCCUGAUAAUGGGCAUGGGUCCGCCUGGCGUGACCUCCAUAAAACUUUACAUCAUAUUCGCCGUGUGGGCCUUCUUCACACUGGCCAUCCUGGUGCUCAUGGAGGGUCUGUCUGCCUUCCUGCAUACACUGCGGUUACAUUGGGUGGAAUUCAUGAGCAAGUUCUACGACGGUCAAGGGUAUGCCUUCACGCCGUUCUGCUUCACUGAUAUCCUGGAGAACGAAGAAGAUGAUCAUAAACCAGCCACAGAGACCAAUGGAGGCCCACCCGAGUGACCACAAGACUAAUUAGUAUAAGUAGCCAAAGAUAGCACCUAGCAAGGUGUGCGGCUAUGCUGGUGAUGUUGAAACUAGGUAUUAUGUCAGUCGCGUAACUAUAAACUAUAGUGCACUGCAAUAAUGACGAUAUUCUUCUACAAAAAGUGCCUUCCAUAUUUCUCAAUGGUACAUAAACAGUUAUUAUUUUCCACAGACCGACCCGAAACUAUAUCUACGACGGAAUGGUUCCCAAUUUGCUUUAGAUAUGUUUUUUUUAAAUUAGCUGUAGAAUCAAAAUGACUUAUGACCAGUAUCAUGUAGGUAUUAUGAUUGGUGAAAUUGGUAUUCACUAGAAGUGUUUAAUAUUAAUAAUGAUAAAUUAUGUGAAGGUAAAAUGAAUUGUUUAAUAGUAAAGAUAAGAACGAUAUUCCAUUAUAGAUGGACAUCCACCGCAUAAACUUUCAACAUAAUUUCAAAUAAUUAAACUGUCUCAUCAAUUAUUGUACACAAUUUUUCGCAUCGGAUAAUUUAAUGAAAUAGGUAAAGAAUUUACCUAAGUGCCUUAAUAACUAUUAGAGAUCUAACAAAGUUGGAGAGGACUUUUCCUUCAGCGCGACUGACAUCUAUUUUCAGCUAUUAAAAUAAAUUCGCAAAUAUCAUUUUACGUACAAACGAAAUUUUAGAUUACAUAGACAUUAGAAUUUUGUAGUCUUUCUGAAUUUGCUGCUAGAUUUUUCAGAAUUGUAAGUAGAGUAAGUAAUGAAAAUUAUAUGACAGUAUGAAAUGGACACGACAUAGCAAGUAUUUGAAGAUAAAGAUAGAAAGUCUUAAAACCGGAGAUCCAUUGAAACCAAACCGAUUUUAACUUUUUAAUUAACGAUUAUGAUAAACCCUCAACAUUUGUUCAUACAAAAGUAGUUAAUACUUCAGAUGUUUAUACAUCGGAAAUAUGGUCCUCUAUACUGGGUGCAGAGCGGUCAUCGGUGUCUGCUUGGGGACUCCGCUGAAAGAAACUAAGUAUUAUAUUUUUAUAACUCUGGUGAACUCUAACAAAUAUUCUUGCAAUUAAAAAAUAACUGCAAUUCUCUCUUCUUAUUAUAUUUUUGAACUUUCAUUACAAUCUGUAUCGGGUCAUGCAUCUAGCACUGAUACUGAUAUGAUAUAUAACGAUACCAAAUGAAAACUGUUAUCGAAUGAAGUUCGUUUCUAUGGAACUCUGUUUUACGUUACGUUACAUACUUUUUAGGAAUUGAUAUCGAAAAUCUUCGAAAUAUUUGUCUUCAAAUACAUAAGUGUUAUCGUACAGGUGAAUGAACCGCAUGUCCGAAAAUCAUUUUCGGAGUCUUUUAGUACAAAUUCGGAUCAAAAGACAUCGACUAAUGAAUUAUGACGUCAUGUGACAAAAUGGCGGGAUAGUAUGACAUUAUAAUUAUUGUGAUAGUAUUCACAUUAUAAUACAAAUCACAAUUAAUAUUUAAAUUUAGAUUAAGCGAAAUGAUAUAUUUUUGUUUGUUUAAAAUAUUGUUUUACAUGCUCUCACUGCCAGCUACAAAUAGAGACGGCCGCAACAUUUAUCGAUAGUUCAGAAUAAAAUAUAGUUCAAGGUAAAAUAACAUCGCUGGUUGAGAAAUGUUGUUCUAAAUUAAAACUGUCACGUCGAUCCACACUGUGAGCGCGUGUAAACAAUUAUUGUUGUAAUACUAUUUUUAGCCAAAGAUACGUUUUCUUUUAAAAUAUAUCGCAUGUUUGUGAAGCAAUCGUUUCUCAUGUAAAUAUUAUUCUAGUGCCUUCUAAACUAGCGAACUAUUAAGUAUUCACUCUUUCUAAUUAAAUAAGGAAUGUUCCAUCUUUGUAAUAUUUAGUAAAAUCGCAUGUAUAGUGAUAUGAUUUUUAGUCGAGAUGUUUAACUACCUGAUUAAUUAAUUAGUCGAUUACAAAAUGCAACGAAUGCUAAUCGAUUAUCGAUUACCCAGUUGGCUAGUUGCUACAUCUCUUGUUAGUCACUUUGUUCAUAUUACUGAAAGAAACUAAUAUUAUUUUUAUUAUAUUUUAAAUAAUGAAUAUUAAACAUUUUGCCAUUGUUUUAGACUCAGGCUGUUGAAUGUGAAACCAAAUUAUUUAUUUUAUUGAUCAUGUUGUAGUUGGAAAUUAUAUUUUUCUUGUUAGUUAUUUUUUAUUUUGUUACUAAUUUAAUGGACCAAUUUGUGGCCUUAAUAAUUUAUGAGACAUAUCAAUAAAUGUGUGAAAUCAAACUAUACUGUAUCAAAUUUCGUAUAAGAGCUUUAUUAAAAUUCAUAUCUACACGUUAUCCAACGGCACGGUACAGCUACAUUUUACACUGAAAUAUUAACGCAGACAGACAGACAAAUUAUCAACUACACUAUUUUAUGCCAUUCCUCAAUAAACAGAUUUUGACCAUUA